AACCCUCUCAAGAACCGUCGAUUAAAGGGUGUCAUUCGUCACAAGUAUCCUCCUUCUUCCUUUCUUUUUUUCUCUCAACUGCUGAGCCUUUCCUCCCGAAGGACAUAAUGCCAACGUCCAUAUACUACUGCUCCAAUCUUUUCUCUCUUUGCUUUCAAAAACUUUUGUUCCUCCGUUUCACAUUCCCUUAACUAGCUCAUCCUCCCACAUCGCUCUGAUUUUACUCUCUCGUUUUCAUAUUAUUUCCGUUUUUGCCCAAAUCACACAUCGAUUCGAUUGUUAUGCGUGGAAAAAAUGGUUUGUCUAACUGUCUGAAUCGUUCACUUUCCGGGAAUACUCUCGCUUCGCCGAUAUGAUGUACAAUUGGAUGGAAAGGCUCAGCGACGACGCGGAGGUUCCGACACCAAGGAGGGUGCAGCCAUGUCUGUCGGUGGCAUUUGAAUAUGUGGAAGCUGAGAAUGAAUUUAACUUCUACAUCCGAAAUGUUACAAACUACCCAAUUUCCCCAACACUUCACAAAACCGAAUCACGAGCUGUUAUGCAUCUAGUAAAAGGAAUAUCAAGAAAAACUUCGGUGAUGGGAUGGGCAAGAACCAUCACUUGGCAAGAUAUCAAAGAAAAAGAUCCGUUCACAUAUCAAACGCUGAAUGUCGUACGUGCUUCCACAACUAUUUACAAUGAAUUUUUCACAUGCAAAGUGGCGCCGCGGGAAUUCAAAAAUACUCUUCUUCGUAUUCAAAUCUGUGAUAUCGACGAGUUUGAUCAGAAUGUGAUUGUGGCAGAAAUGGAUUACUGGAUAAACACACAUAUCAUAUCACAAUUCACACAAUUUGAAUUGCCAUUCCCUCCAUUUACACCGGAUAUUGGAGAAAUUGAGUUACACAUGACAUAUCUACCAACUUCACAACGACUUAUCUUGCAUUAUUCAACUGUGACAAACUUGAAAUUGGACGAAAGUUGCAGUGCAAUAUUCAUUCGUGGCGUCAUGUUUGUUGGUGGGAGACAAUUUGAACGGCAUCAUUCCGAAACUAGACGGCGAUUGGAAAAUGCUUGUACAGAUGACGGAAUGCAUUUCACUCACAAGUUGAUUUUUGAUUUAGAUCGAAAAUAUGUUCCCAAAGCUGAAGUAAUUAUUCAUGUGCUGCAAGUUGUGGGUGAUAAACAUCUGGUGGUCGGGCAGGUGUCACUUUCAAUGCUUCACUCGGGUCAAUGCCAGCAAAUGCUCAAAUCUUUGAGGACGACAAUUUCACGUGUUCAUCGGUUAACUCCAAGUGCUGGUUGAAAAAUAAAAUGUUUUGUGAUAG